CCGUUCACGUCCGUUGAACUGUUGUGAAUUCGGUUUCUGGUGUACGUGAUAGUACAUCAGCCACCCAACAGGACAUCACUGUAUCGAUAAUAACCUUCGCUUACCCCAGUCUAUAUCUUUUGCUGCUCAUAUCUCUGUCAUCUCGCUUGACACGUACUAUAUCAAUGUUCAAGUUCAUACGUCGUGUUUCAACUUCAUUUCUGCCGCGCCCAGACCGGCCCUGGAGAGAUGAUGCAACAUCCAAUGCACCCACGAUAGGUCGGAAGAGGUGCUUCAGCUUCGUUGAGGAUGGCGAUGAUGACUCUGCUUCUACGAGUGUCAAGAAACUAAAGGGGGAAUCCACGCAGGCUGAAGGCAGUUCCCCUUCAAUACCAACAGACUCGGAUAAGAAGGAGGGAGAGGAUGUUAAGUCAGUGACGCAGGGGGUGAAAGAUGUGGAAUUGGAUGAGAAGAAGUCGGACUCAUCAUCCGGUCCCGAGGAAGUUCCCCUGCCAGAUUCUCCCGGUAGAACCCCACAAUUGGACACAACAUCGAUAGAAGAAGUGGCUACGGCUCCAGAGGACGAUGCUGAUAAGAAAGACGCCCAAGAUGAUUCGGACGUCGAUUCGGUGGCCUCUUCGUCUGAAGUAAUUUUGGACGAGGGACAACCUGAAGAUGAUUCAAAGGAUGAUACCAAGAUACUUUCUACUUCAGCAGCUGAGGAUGCACCUGCCACAGAACUUGACACUCCUACUGUCGAUGAUACUCCGGCAGUCACAGGGACCGACGUAUGAACGUGGACCAUACACUCACUUUUGCAAUCUUCAUUGCUAUAUUUAAUCAAUGAGCACGAGUAUGUCCUCGGUGCGUAGAUCUAGUUGAUGAAUGUAUGGAUACAGGAUGGAUUGCACGCUGGCUGGUGCAGAACAGGGUUCUGCUAACGACUUACGAUACCAAUACUUGACACUGUUUAUACGUACUGCUACUAAUUCCUCACUCCCCUGUUGUUUGCCGAUUACAUCAAUGUAUCUGAUUACUUUGUGUUCGAUAUCAUGAAGAUAUCCGAUGAUGUUCAAAGCAGUGUGUACAGCCACCUGUUAAACUGCGCGACGGUCUG